AUGGCCGAGCUUCACUUGCCCGUGCUCGAUCUUCUUCUCGUUAGGUCCAAUCCACUUGUAUUGCGAUGCUUGCCGGCGAUUCCAGUCGCAGCGCCCAGAUGCCGCAUUGCCCGUCUUGCCGCCAAUGCCGCGUCUUCGUCCAAGAGGAAGAGAGAUUUCUCGGUGGAGCAAUGGACGGAGGAGGAUUUGGAGGCCACCGCGGCCGCUCCCACCGUCGUGACCUCGAUGAUGAGCUUCUACAACGCCAUUGCGAUUCUCGAGGUGCCCAGGGAUUCGCCCAGUGAAUUCGCGGGAGCUAGAUUGCUGCUGCUGGAUCAAACAGGAAAUGUUCAUAGUAUUUACAAGGAGGAUUCUGUGUGGGUCGGUUCAUACUGGGACGAGUUCUCCUCGCUUCCACCGAUCAUUCCCAGAGGUCCCAUUGCAAUUCUAGGACUGGGCGGUGGUACAGCUGCACGAUUGCUGCUCCACUUGUGGCCGGAGCGAGAAUUGAUAGGCUGGGAAAUUGAUGAGAUCCUAAUUGACAAGGCAAGGGAUUAUCUCGGCUUGUCGGAGUUAGAAGGCAAAAUCAAACACGGUGGAGGGCUUACAAUUCACAUCGACGAUGCUCUCUCGGAUGCAAAUGAUCCCGAGGGUGGAUUCGCAGGCAUUGUCGUCGAUUUAUUCUCAAAUGGCGAUGUUCUGCCAGUUCUCAAGGAGGCAGAGACAUGGUUUAAGCUCAGGAAAAGACUAAGACCCGGGGGCCGGAUCAUGAUCAACUGCGUAGAAGAGCAAAGACAUGGACAUGACGAUGAUGAAACUCUAGAGUCCACAAUUACGGGCGAGAACCAUGUUCUUUAUGCGAUGUCAAAGGCAUUUCCAGGCGAGGUGAACUGGCGGAAGCUUGAUCAAGUGAAUAACAAGAUGGCUUUCACGGGUCCCCUCCCCAAUCUCUCACAGUGGUCUCAGGCUGUUCCCGAGAGGCUGCGAAAAGGGACACUACAGUGGAAGGCUUUCAUACAGUGAAGAAAAUGCCUCUUUUCACUUUUUCAUUGUUGUUUCUGUCAUAGUUUGCUAAUCGAUCAAUCCAUCUUUGGCUGGACAA